UCCAGCUGAGUACGGCGCAGCGUGUGGAAAGGCGCACAUCGAAGCGCACAUUUUGUCGCGCUGUGUAUAAUCACUGACUAAAAUUAACUAAACAAUUUCCACGCGUUUUCUUUUCGUGUCGACUUUUCGCUUUAAUUAUAUCGCAACGCUAACAUGUGCAAUUAAAUCGAGCCUUGUAUAAACAGAGAAAUAUAUAGCGGAUUCCGUGAAAACUAGGAAAGUGCCGCAAAAACCGAAAAGCAGUAGCAGCGGAAACAUUGUGUUUAAGUCAAACAAAUGAUAAGAUAAACUUCGCUUCGAUCGCCGUAGAACCGAGGAGAUAAGCGGAGUGGAGAGACAAGUGGAUCAGAUCCGGAUCGCAUCCCGUGAAGAGCACCAUAAGGCCAAACACACACCCCAUUCUUAUGUUCUUGGACCCGUGGCAAUGGAAAUUAGUGUGAUAACAAAGACCAGAGAAGCCACAGUUACCAAUAGGGAGAUACGCAGGUAGAGCGGAUCAGAGGAGACCAUGCGCAGCGGGCGUAACUAUGUCCAGCGGCAAAGCGAGACGCUGGAGAGCAGCUUUGAGCUGGAGGAGCCCGAGGAUUACGAGCAGGAGGAUUCCGAGGUGGAACAGGUCAAUUCAGCGGGAGCUAAAGCAGAGCUGUCGGCCACAGGGGAUCGUGACCGAGAUCGAGAUCGGCAGGAGUCGGGUGAACAGACGGACACACUGAGCACCCACAGCAGCAGCUCCACUCCGACGACAGCGGAUGUGGCCGAUGUGGAGACGAUCAGCUCCCUGCCCCUCUCUCCACCCGCCUUUGGCGGUCGUGGCAGUCAGCUGGUCAAGCGCCACGCCCCGCUGAAGGAUCAGCAGCUGGCGGACAGCAGCUCCACCAGUAGCUCCAGCCAGCAGCCCGAUGUUGAUGACGAUGUGCCCACGGUAAGUGGGUGCGAUCUGGGACACAACGCCCCAUCUAAUUCAGCGUCCUCCUCCUCCUCAUCCUCCUCCUCUUCCACGACCCCGCAGACAUCGCGGUAUGCAGCUGCAGCGGCACAUCCUAGUGCCGCCUUCGCGGAAACGGCGGUCACCUCGUCCUCGGGAUCUGCCAGGGUAACCGGAGGAGCCGCCCACAGGCGCACCCAUUCGGCUGCCUCCUACAUCUCAAUGAGAUCGCAGGGAGGCAACUCUGAAGCUCCUCCAGAACGACCAAAGAGAAACCGCUUCUUCGAGUGGCUGCGGGUUGUCUGCAACAUCUGCUGCUGCAAGAGUUCCGGAAUCGGGGAGCCGAGUGUUCAUCAUGCGCUGGUUGUGAUAUUUCUAGAGUUCUUCGCCUGGGGUCUGCUGACGAUGCCCAUAAUAUCGACCCUCAACCAGACGUUCCCGGAUCACACAUUCCUUAUGAACGGCCUGGUCAUGGGCAUCAAGGGGAUCCUGUCGUUCCUGUCGGCGCCUCUGAUCGGCGCCCUUUCGGACAUCUGGGGCCGAAAGUUUUUCCUAUUAGUCACAGUAUUCUUCACCUGCCUGCCCAUACCGCUGAUGUCCAUCAAUACGUGGUGGUUCUUUGCCAUGAUCUCAAUAAGCGGCGCCUUUGCCGUCACCUUCUCGGUGGUUUUCGCCUACGUGGCGGACGUCACCACGCCGGAGGAGCGAUCCAAGGCCUAUGGCCUGGCCUCGGCCACCUUCGCCGCCAGUCUGGUCAUCUCGCCGGCUUUGGGCAACGCCCUGAUGGAGAUGUACGGCGACACGCUGGUCGUGGCCCUCUCCACGGCCAUUGCGCUGUUGGAUGUGUUCUUCAUCCUGGUCGCUGUACCGGAGAGUCUGUCGGAGAAGAUGCGCCCUGCCUCCUGGGGGGCGCCCAUCAGCUGGGAACAGGCGGAUCCUUUUCUGGCCCUCCGCAAAGUGGGUACAGAUAAGACCGUGCUGAUGCUGUGCCUCACCGUGCUGUUAUCCUAUCUGCCCGAGGCCGGGGAGUACUCCUGCAUGUUUGUCUAUCUGAAACUGAAGAUGGGCUUCAACUACGUGGAGGUGUCCGUCUUUAUAGCCAUCGUAGGCAUCCUCAGCAUCACGGUGCAAGUGACCCUUGGCUCCUUUAUGAAGGUGUUUGGGGCCAAGCGCACGAUCAUUAUGGGCCUAGCCCUGGAAAUCGUGCAGCUGCUGUGGUAUGGAUUCGGAAGUCAAAAGUGGAUGAUGUGGUCGGCUGGCGUAGUGGCUGCCCUGGGCUCCAUCACGUAUCCAGCGAUCAGCGCCUUCGUGUCCCUCUAUGCGGCUCCCGAGAGUCAGGGCGCUGUCCAGGGCAUGAUCACAGGCAUGAGGGGUCUGUGCAAUGGCCUGGGGCCGGCUGUGUUCGGCGUCGUCUUCUAUCUGUUUAACGUGGACCUGAACGACGACCACGACUCGCAUGCGAGGAGCAGCGGCAGCAGGGCGACGAACGUGGAGAAGAUCUCACAGCAUGUGCCGGGUCCGCCCUUCGUGUUUGGCGCCCUGUGCGUCUUCUGUGCCAUAAUAGUGUCGGCGUUCAUUCCGGAGGGUCAGACCUCCAACUUGGAAAAGAAACGUGCCUCGCUCGACGUGCAGUACGAGAUUGAGACGGGUCACAAGGCGCCCAGCUCCCUGGCGCCGCUCAUCCGCUCCGACUCGCUGGCGCAGCUGUAGUGCGCUCCAUCGCCGGCGUCCUAUCCACACAGCUUGAAUCCAGCUGGUGGCUAUAGAUACGUAUAAGCAGUGUUAAGGAGUUAAGGAUUUUGUAACUGUAACAAAUGCUGUAACUAGUUUGGCUUUAGUUUCCGAGUCUAUUAGGUGCAUACAUAUAUAUAUCGCAGAUCAGGCCGAGAUGAUGUUAUUGUUUUCGUGGUUAGAUCUUCGUUUUUACCAUAGUUUCCGUUAAGUGCACCACCACCUCUCCACCACCACAGACCACCUCAGCCCAAUUAUAUUUCGUAAUUAGUUUAUUAUUGCCUAAGUAACGUAGUCACAUAUUGGAUUGGCCCGUGUGCUUGCCCGCUUUUCCGGCUUCCGGCUUCCGAUUUUAUUUUGCUUUUGCUUUUGCGACUGUUGGUUCUCUUCGGGUUGGGAUUACAUCACAGCAGACAGGUGUUAGAGCUAAAAAAUGUUUUGCAACAACAACAAAAUAACUGCCAAAUAAAAAAACAAAGUAAGUGUAAUUCGAAAUCUUCGGAUAAAAACGAGUAAAUUCAGCACAGCACAAAAUUUUGAAUAUCGAUCGCAUUUCCAGUUGGGCUUACAAAAAUAUCCACACAUUUCUUUUCACCUCAAAAGCCGUUUAGUUACAACAAUUAAGAAGAGAAGAAUCCAAAUAAACUGAAUACUAAGCUUUACUUUGAAAAUUGUAGUGAUUUAAAGUCUAAACUCUAAACUCUAAAGAAAAGAAUUGAAAAUGAUGAUAAUGAAUCGGGUCACAAACUAGGCGACGCUAACCGAGAAUCACAAUCUAUAUACAAGAUAAAUACGUGUAUAUAUAUGUAGAGAGAUAUAUGUAUGGGUACUGACACAAAUCGAAAUGUUUUUAAUUUAGCUGAAUGCGAAGUUAUCGCCUCCGAUCAUGUGCAACGCUGUAGUUUUUAUUUUCAUAAAGCAAGAUAAUGCAGAGCCUUUAACGAAGUCAAUGCUUGAACGUACAUAUAGGGAGCACACACGUGCAUGUGUAUGUAUAGAACUAUAGGAUAUCAAAGUUAUAUUUUUCGAAGUUGCUACAACCGUGUAAAGUUCCCCCACUUCCUCCUACCCCCACAAAAAACAUGCAGACGUACGUAGGACUUACAUACACAUCCAACCGUGUGAGCAGAGGCAAGGUCUAUGGAGUAGCGUCCCCAAUAGGAAUCAGGGGGCCGCGACAGACAGUAUACAAGAAAACUGAACCCAAAUUUUGAUUGUAAAUUAUUUAACGUGUAAUUUAGUGUUUUAAACGAAACCAAAAUAAACAAAAUUGUUUAAUGAAA